AACCUUUCGCUGUAAUAAAAAACUUUCUUAUAGAGAGAGAGAGAGAGAGAGAGAAACAAAAAAGAGAUUACGCGUUCUUCUUCUUCUUCUUCUUCUUCGUCCUUCUCCUCUCUUUCCCAGAAAGUAUUGUCCUUUUCACUUUCUUCUCCUCUGACUUUGUUCUUUCUAUUUAUAUAUAUAUUACAUAAACCUUUGUGGGUUUUUCCCCAACCUGGGCUAAAAAUAACGGAGACAGAAUCAAUGGCCACCGCGGCUAUAUUCUCAUCUCUGCGGCGGAGGAGAUCCCCAUCACUAGAAGCCUUUUUAGCCCCCGUUGACCUCUCCGGCAUCGCUCUCGUGAAAACCCUAGCUUCCAUCUCCUCAGAGGUCGUCUCUUCUUUCGCCGCCACACGGUUCUCGUUCCAACGCAGGAACGCUCGCUCUCUGCUUCGUAAGAUCGAGAUCUUCGUCGUGUUAUUCGAGUUCCUCGCUGAGACACGCUCUCCCUCUUCUUCAACAACAGCGUUGCUGUGUCUGAAGGAGUUUUAUCUUCUCAUCUACAGGUCCAAGAUCCUCCUCGAGUACGUCGCUCAAUCCAGUAAGUUGUGGCUGUUAUUACAAAACCCUUCGAUCUCCGGCUACUUCCAUGACUUGAACCAAGAGAUUUCGACUCUUUUAGAUGUCUUCCCUGUCAACGAGCUCAACCUCAGCGACGACAUCAGAGAGCAUAUCAAGCUGUUACAAAACCAAUCCUUGAAAUCAAGAUUGUACAUCGAUAACAACGACGAGUCCUUACGCGAAACAUUCUACUCCUUUCUCGAAUCCUUCGAGAACGGUGAGAUUCCGAGUCCAACCGCUCUAAAAACCUUCUUCGUAGAGAGGUUAGCGUUUAAGGAUUCUAAUUCUUACAGAAACGAAAUCGAGUUCUUGGAAGAACAGAUUGUGAAUCACGACGGAGACUUAGAGCCUGCGAGUUCAGUUAUCAACGGUUUCGUAGCGAUCGCACGUUACUCUAGGUUUCUGUUAUUCGGUUUCGAAGAAGAUGGAGUAGAGUGGAGAAUCGAGAAUAAUCAUCCGAAGGUUGGAGAGGACACGAUCGUAACUUCAGUUCCGAAAGAUUUCGUUUGUCCGAUCUCUCUCGACCUGAUGACAGAUCCUGUGAUUGUUUCCACAGGUCAGACUUACGACCGAACCUCCAUCGCUAGGUGGAUCGAAGAAGGACACUGUACUUGUCCCAAAACAGGACAAACGCUUAUGGACUCUCGCAUCGUGCCUAACCGAGCUCUCAAGAACUUGAUCGUGCAGUGGUGUACAGCGAGUGGUGUAGCUAUUGAGUCUGAGUUUGUUACAGAUUCGGUUGUGUCGGCUCUUCCGACGAAAGCUGCUGUUGAAGCUAACAAAGCUACUGUUUCGAUACUCGUCAAGUUUCUAGCAGAUGGAUCGUCUGAAGCGGGGCAAACAAUCGCGGCGAGGGAGAUUCGUCUUCUGGCGAAAACCGGGAAGGAUAACCGAUCUUUCAUCGCGGAGGCAGGUGCGAUACCGCACCUGCGCCGCCUUCUUAAAUCGGAGAAGGCUAUAGCGCAGGAGAACUCUGUGACAGCGAUGCUUAACCUCUCGAUAUACGAGAAGAACAAGAGUCUGAUCAUGGAGGAGGAUGAUUGUUUGGAGUGUAUAGUAAGCGUCCUCCUCUCUGGUCUCACAGUGGAGGCGCAGGAGAACGCAGCGGCCACGUUGUUCAGUCUCUCCGCAGUACACGAGUACAAGAAACGCAUAGCGUUUACUGACCAUUGCGUCGAGGCGUUAUCCUCGCUGCUUCGAAACGGGACGCCGAGAGGGAAGAAAGACGCGGUGACAGCGUUGUACAACUUAUCAACACACCCUGAUAACUGCGGUAGAAUGAUCCAAGGAGGAGGCGUGUCGAGCCUCGUCGGAGCGCUCAAGAACGACGUCGUUUCCGAGGAGGCGGCGGGAGCAUUGGCGCUGUUGGUGAGGCAGUCUCUUGGAGCCGAGGCAAUAGGGAGAGAGGAAGGCGCCGUGACGGGGCUCAUGGGGAUGAUGAGAUGCGGGACGGCUAGAGGGAAAGAGAACGCGGUGGCUGCGUUGCUGGAGCUUUGUAGAAGCGGUGGAGCCGCGGCGGCGGAGAAAGUGUUGAGAGUACCGGCCAUUGCGGGGUUGCUGCAGACGCUUUUGUUCACCGGGACGAAGAGGGCUAGAAGGAAAGCUGCUUCGCUUGCUCGGGUUUUCCAGAGGCGGGAGCAUGCGGCGAUGAGGUCAGGCGGGUAUGGGUUUGUAGGGAAUGUGAACGAGAAUAGAGACGGCGGGAAUUUUACGACGGAUGUCUCUGUUCCGAUGUCAAUCUCUGUACCUGUAUUGUGAUCUAUGUGUUCAUUGAUUGUUUAUAUUAUAAUACAUUUAUUUGGUUGGGAGGUAUAAUAAUAAUACAAAAGUAAAGUUUUAGAGAAGA